GUUUCAGAAUCACGAGGGCGACGUUUAGUUUAGUUUGUUCCGUUUGUGCUGUCUUUUCUCUAUUCCUCUGUCUCCGCUAUUUUCUUCUUCUCUUUAAUAAAAAAAAAAUAAAAUAAAAUAAAACCCGAUGUGCAUGUGCGUGUGUGAAUCAAUCGAAAUAAAUACCGAAAAUAAUAAUCGAAAUAUCAAAAUGAAGUGACUGUUGAAAUUAUUAACGAAACAAAAAAAACAUAGAAAAGUACGCGAAAUGCCGCGUUGUCUUAUGGCCAAAAAAUUUAAGGCCUAUACGUGGCCUACCGAAAGAUCGGAUUCUCCGGAAGAAGAAGAUGAAGAAAUUGAUGUUGUCGGGGAUUCGCCAGCCACGGCAACGGCGACUUCUUGUUGGGGGCCGUCGAGUCCUACCGAAGGGGCCACCGCUCCCAGUCCACCACCCACCUCACCACACGGGACUACUCUACUCUAUAAUAGUUAUCUACACGAAAUUUCACCUUCAAACUAUACAACAUUAGUAUCAAACACGGAAUCGUCUGAUCAACCCAAAGGAACUUACAUAACAUUGAAAGGUGCCGACGAAUCUACUGAGAUACGGUAUGAAUCUAACCACGUUCCUAACAGACAUAAAAAAUCGCUAUCCAUGACAUAUACUAGUACAGGAACGGCGUUAAGUUUACCGCCAAAGAAAAAAGAUAUAUACAGACCAUAUUCUUUAGAAGACAAACCUUCGCCACCGUUUUUUCAUCAUACUAUUAGAGUACCAGCUGAAGAAGAUCUCCACGCCGCUCACGCUAUACUAGACUUGAGCGCAUCCACGACUGUUUUCCUACCACCUCCACCACCUCAAAUACAAAUACAAGAACAGUAUCAUCCCCUCGAUUUACCGCAAGAAAUUCAAGAAACUCACUCCUUGAAUGGCGCCGCAAGUCCUGGUCUUAAAUCUACUAAAACCGUCGCUUACACUUACGAAGCCUUUUUCGUAAGUGACGGUAGGUCUAAAAAGAGACACGACACCGAGGAUCCUAACAUAACUAUUAACACGGUAAAAUUAUCGGAGAAACCUAAAUACACCUGCAGCGAAUGCGGUAAGCAAUACGCUACGUCGAGCAAUCUCUCGAGACACAAACAAACCCACAGAAGUCUAGAUUCUCAGGCUGCCAAAAAAUGUAUAACCUGCGGUAAAGCUUACGUAAGCAUGCCCGCAUUAGCUAUGCACGUUCUCACGCAUAAAUUGGCGCAUCGAUGCGGCGUAUGCGGUAAACAAUUCUCGAGACCUUGGCUACUACAAGGUCAUUUGAGAUCGCACACCGGCGAAAAACCGUACGGUUGCGCGCAUUGCGGUAAAGCUUUCGCAGAUAGAUCGAAUUUGAGAGCGCACAUGCAAACCCAUUCGGCGGAUAAAAAUUUCGAAUGUCCGAGAUGUCAUAAGACGUUCGCUUUGAAAUCUUAUCUUAAUAAACAUUUGGAAUCGGCGUGUCUUAAAGAAGAAGUUGUUAAUUGUAAAGAUGAACAGAAUUCUAAAGAAAUUAAUGUUGCGACGCCUAUGCCGGUUCGUGUCUAUGCUGGUUGAUUUUCUUGAGCGGUAUUAAAAAUCUAAUUAAUUUGGCAACUAAUCUAGUCGAAAGUAGCAUUUUUCGGAAUAUAAUUUAUUUAUUAUAGACUAAUAUGGUGGAUUUAAAUUCCACUGGCGAUAAUUUUGUAGAAAAAGUUGAAAAUUUGCAGUGAAAACAUUCGAUUUCUCAGUUUAAUCAAGGUAAAAAUCGAUUAUUAGAUUUAAGUUUCCAUUGAGAAUAUAAAAACAAGCCUUUUAGACGCUAUAUACCUAUUUAAAUCUUUUGUUUUUGCUUAUCCACGAGCUUCUUGUUUUAUAAAUUAUAAUUUGAAUCAUAGUGAAGCUCAUUUGUUCGAUAAAUUUUCUAAAUUCAUCAGUGAAAACAAGCAUAUUCAUAGAUUUGUUGGAAGCAUUAAGUUUGAUUACAAAAGUUUUCUAGAUGCAUCCCUAGGGGUCCACGGGAGGCUGUGUACUAGCAAUAUAUGUGAAUUACCAUCAUUUAAUUUGAUCUUAAUAUUUUUUGACAAGUUUUGAAUAUAUUGUGUACUAAAAAUAGUAAUUACGAGGUUAGAAAAAGAUUGGGGACUGGUGGAUUAAGUAAAUUUCGGUGCAAAAUCUAAUGACGUUGUAAUUUUUUCGUAACGUCAAGAAAAACUUUAUUUCCAUUGUGAAAUGGAAAGCACCAACGAGAAUAUGUAUGUUGAAUCAAUGCUAGCAACAGAUCUACAAAAAAGAAAUCGUAGAAAAUUGUUUGUAGACUUUGAAAUUGAUAUUUAAGUAUUUUUAAUGUUGUAUGAUGUUGAAUUUUUUUUAAAUAUCAUGAAAAAACUUUUUUAAUUGUAAAAAAACGCAUUUGCGGUCAAUGGAAACAACUUAUCUUGUUUGAGGAGCUAGGAUUUUCAAAAUACUCAACGUUUUUGAAGUUUAUGAAUAUCUCAAUUUUAGCAAAGCGUUUUUCCGAAAAAUGGGACUUACCGACUAGAUUAUAUUUGCCAAAAUUAGAAAUUUUUCCAUCUAGUCCCGCGACAUAGUUUGAAUAAUAAUUAAAGGUAAAAUGUCGCGGUCUAAUCUCGAUCUAAAUUUUAACUAGUCAAGCUUUCUAGUCUUUCCUGUUAGUUAAGUUUUCCCAUCACGCAGUCGAUGGCAACAUCGCGCGCGAUACGCCGUCUAGAUUAGCGGUGAUUUAUUUUUCAUAAACUGACGUCCCUUGUAAAUAUUUCCCCUCCAAAAGAUAAACACAUCGCAACACGUCCACUAAUUUAGGCUUAGUACGUAAGCUGUACCAUUUUUAGACAUUCAAUAUUCAGAAGAAUGUACAUAAAAUAAUUAUUUGAAUAUACUUUUCUCCUAAAACGUUAAAGAUGUCGAUAGAAGUGGGUAUUUGUAGUAAAUUGAAUCAAAAAUAUUUCAAAGCACGUUGGAAUUGAUAUUAACAAAUAUCUGAAUAAUAAAUAAUCGGUUUAGGUUACUUUUUAUGAUAUUAAAUCCAAAAAAAAAUUUUAAUUCCACAUUUUAUUGAAAUAAAACUUAUUAUAGUCGUUGGGAUGAACAAGGAUCAGAUAUAGAACUUGAUUCGAUUUAGAAUAAACCAAAAUUAGAAAAAAGAUACUGAAAAACAAGCUUUUUAGAUUUUUAAAUCAAUUUUAUUUUGAAAUAAGAAGAUAAUAGGCACUUUUUAUGGGAAAAUAUCAUUACUGGAUAAAAAAAUUGGAUUCGAAAGUUCUAUUUUCCACAUUUUAAUAAAAUAAGACUUAUUAUUGUCAUUCGGAUCAGAGAUAGAACUCAAAUUCGAUUUAGAAUUAACAAAAAUGGAAAGAAUGCCAGAAAAAAAAGUUCAAAUGAAGUUUUUAACGUUUUGAAAUCAAUUUUAUUAUAAAAUGAAAAAAUAAUGAAAACUUUUCAUCGAAAAAUAUCAUUUAAACAUGGAGAAAUGAUUUGGAAGUUCUAUUUUCCACAUUUUAUUGGAAGAGAACUAAUAAUAGUCAUUUAGAAAGAACAAGGAUCAAAGACAGACCCAAAUUCGACUUAAAAUCAACAAAAAAAGGAAAAAUUACACUAAGAAACGCUUGAAUUGAGUUUUUAAGGUUUCAAAAUCAAUUUUAUUAUGAGAUAAGAAAAUAAUAGGCACUUUUUAUGAGAAAAUAUCGUUAGAGCACAAAAAAUUGGAUUCGGAAGUUCUAUUUCCCAAAUUUUAUCAAAAUAAGACUUAUUAUUGUCAUUCUGAUGAACAAGGAUCAGAGAUAGAACUCAAAUUCGAUUUAGAAUUAACAAAAAUGGAAAGAAUGCCAGAAAAAAAAGUUCAAAUGAAGUUUUUAACGUUUUGAAAUCAAUUUUAUUAUAAAAUGAAAAAAUAAUGAAAACUUUUCGUCGAAAAAUAUCAUUUAAACAUGGAGAAAUGAUUUGGAAGUUCUAUUUUCCACAUUUUAUUGGAAGAGAACUUAUAAUAGUCAUUUAGAAAGAACAAGGAUCAAAGACAGACCCUCAUUCGACUUAAAAUCAACAAAAAAAGGAAAAAUUACACUAAGAAACGCUUGAAUUGAGUUUUUAAGGUUUCAAAAUCAAUUUAAUUAUGAGAUAAGAAAAUAAUAGGCACUUUUUAUGAGAAAAUAUCACUAGAGCACCAAAAAAUUGGAUUCGGAAGUUCUAUUUCCCAAAUUUUAUUAAAAUAAGUCUUGUUAUGGUCAUUGGGAUGAACAAAGAUCAAAAAUAGAACUUAAUUCGAUUUAGAAUUAAAAAAAAUGGAAAGAAUGUCAGAAAAAAAACGUUCAAAUGAAGUUUUUAAUGUUUUAAAAUCAAUUUUAUUAUAAAAUGAAAAAAUAAUGAAAACUUUUCAUCGAAAAAUAUCAUUUAAACAUGGAGAAAUGAUUUGGAAGUUCUAUUUUCCACAUUUUAUUGGAAGAGAACUAAUAAUAGUCAUUUAGAAAGAACAAGGAUCAAAGACAGACCCUAAUUCGACUUAAAAUCAACAAAAAAAGGAAAAAUUACACUAAGAAACGCUUGAAUUGAGUUUUUAAGGUUUCAAAAUCAAUUUUAUUAUGAGAUAAGAAAAUAAUAGGCACUUUUUAUGAGAAAAUAUCGUUAGAGCACAAAAAAUUGGAUUCGGAAGUUCUAUUUCCCAAAUUUUAUCAAAAUAACACUUGUUAUUGUCAUUCUGAUGAACAAGGAUCAGAGAUAGAACUCAAAUUCGAUUUAGAAUUAACAAAAAUGGAAAGAAUGCCAGAAAAAAAAGUUCAAAUGAAGUUUUUAACGUUUUGAAAUCAAUUUUAUUAUAAAAUGAAAAUAUAAUGAAAACUUUUCGUCGAAAAAUAUCAUUUAAACAUGGAGAAAUGAUUUGGAAGUUCUAUUUUCCACAUUUUAUUGGAAGAGAACUAAUAAUAGUCAUUUAGAAAGAACAAGGAUCAAAGACAGACCCUCAUUCGACUUAAAAUCAACAAAAAAAGGAAAAAUUGCACUAAGAAACGCUUGAAUUGAGUUUUUAAGGUUUUAAAAUCAAUUUUAUUAUGAGAUAAGAAAAUAAUAGGCACUUUUUAUGAGAAAAUAUCACUAGAGCACAAAAAAAUUGGAUUCGGAAGUUCUAUUUCCCAAAUUUUAUCAAAAUAAGACUUAUUAUUGUCAUUCUGAUGAACAAGGAUCAGAGAUAGAACUCAAAUUCGAUUUAGAAUUAACAAAAAUGGAAAGAAUGCCAGAAAAAAAAGUUCAAAUGAAGUUUUUAACGUUUUGAAAUCAAUUUUAUUAUAAAAUGAAAAAAUAAUGAAAACUUUUCGUCGAAAAAUAUCAUUUAAACAUGGAGAAAUGAUUUGGAAGUUCUAUUUUCCACAUUUUAUUGGAAGAGAACUAAUAAUAGUCAUUUAGAAAGAACAAGGAUCAAAGACAGACCCUCAUUCGACUUAAAAUCAACAAAAAAAGGAAAAAUUGCACUAAGAAACGCUUGAAUUGAGUUUUUAAGGUUUUAAAAUCAAUUUUAUUAUGAGAUAAGAAAAUA